UGGAGAAGAGGAGGCUCAGGGGAGACCUCCUGACUCUCUGCAAGUCCCUGCCAGGAGGUUGGAGCCAGGUGGGGGUGGGGCUGUUCUGCCAGGAAGCAGCAGUAGGACAAGAGGGCUGGGUCUGGAGCUGUGCCAGGGGAGGUUUAGGUUGGAUAUUAGGAAGCAAUUUUUUGCUGAGAGAGUAAUCAGGCCUUGGAAUGGGCUGGGCAGGGAGGGGGUGGAGUCAGCGUCCCUGGAGGUGUUGAAGGUGAGAGUGGAUGUGGCCUCAGUGCCAUGGUCUGGGAAGCACAGCAGGGUUGGAUCCAGGGCUGGACUUGAUGAUCUCGGAGGUCUUUUCCAACCCAGCUGAUUCUGUGAUUCUCUGAUUGCCAUUCCUGUGGCAGCACAUGCUUGAGGCUCCAUCCCCAGGGUGAGAGAGAUGUCUGUCCAUAUCUAUCUCCAAGGUUAGUCUGUAAAUGUGUGGUGUUAGCAAAGCAGGCUGAGUUGUGGGCUGGUUGUAGAAGGAGAAAGAAGCCCCCAGCCCAGUGCAAGCAGGCAGCCCUCAGCUUGCACCUGAUGUCCCCUCCCUGCAGGUUCCUGUCCUUGAGCCCAGGCCCUGAGGAUUUGUCCUUCCCAAAGCUUGGGCAGAUGAAGGAGGCUGCGAGGAAGAGGAAGAUGCCUUGGGCCCCCCAGGCAGGCCCCGAGCUGAGGACGGAGAGCCCGGAGGACAAAUCCCCCUAUGAGACCCUGGUGGGAGAGGCCGUUUUGAAGGGCUCCCCGGCGCAGGAAGGCAGCGGGGAGGAAAAGGGCCGGAGAUCCCCCCGCAGGAGGGGCUCCAAAGCCAGCCCAGGGUGCUCUGAGGAGGAAAGAGCCAGCGUGUGCCGGGAAGGCGGCCGGAGCUUGAGGGGGAGCUCUGACCUGGUGGUCCCUGAGCAGCCUCCCAGCAGGGAGAAGCCCUUCAGGUGCUUGGAAUGUGGGAAGAGCUUCAGGAAGAGCACCAAACUCCUCGCCCACCUGCACAUUCACACUGGGGAACGGCCCUACACGUGUAGGGAAUGUGGGAAGAGCUUCAGGGACAGCUCCACGCUGAUCCGACACCAGCGCAUCCACACUGGGGAACGGCCCUACACAUGUAGGGAAUGUGGGAAGAGCUUCAGGAGCAGCUCCAACCUGAUCCGACACCAGCGCAUCCACACUGGGGAACGGCCCUACACAUGUGGGGAGUGUGGGAAGAGCUUCAGGGACAGCUCCCACCUCCUCACCCACCAGCACAUCCACAGUGGGGAAUGGCCCUACACAUGUGGGGAGUGUGUGAAGAGCUUCAGGCAGAGCUCCAACCUGAUCCGACACCAGCGCAUCCACACUGGGGAACGGCCCUACACAUGUGGGGAGUGUGGGAAGAGCUUCAGGGACAGCUCCCACCUCCUCACCCACCAGCACAUCCACACUGGGGAAUGGCCCUACACAUGUGGGGAGUGUGGGAAGAGCUUCAGGGACAGCUCCCACCUCCUCACCCACCAGCACAUCCACACUGGGGAACGGCCCUACACGUGUGGGGAGUGUGGGAAGAGGUUUCAGCGCAGUGGGAAUCUCCUCAUGCAUGAGCGGACGCACACGGAUGAGAGGCCCUUCCGCUGCACCAACUGCGGGAAGGGCUUUAAGCGGAACUCCACCCUCAUCAUCCACCAGCGGACACACACGGAUGAGAGGCCCUUCCGCUGCACCGACUGCGGGAAGGGCUUUAACUGGAACUGCACCCUCGUCAGGCACCGGCGCAUCCACAGCGGGGAGAGGCCCUACAAGUGUGGGGAGUGUGGGAAGAGCUUCACCCAGAGCUCUACCUUGACCAAACACCAACGGACCCACCAGUAAGGGGAACCCUGCGAGUGCCCCGACUGCGGGAAGAGCUUCGGCCGCUGCUUCCACCCCGAAUGAACCCUCUGAUGGGGAGGCAACCCCUGGAGUCCAGUGA